CAUCCCAUUAGACAUUGCGUGUUUGUACUUCUAGUUACAAUCUGAUGUACUAAGAUGAUCGGACACUCAUCGGUGCUGAGAUUCAGGGGACUCGUCUCUUCCAGAACGGUCCCCUUGCCCUACGGCCGUGCGCUCUUUGUUCGACGAUUCAACAGUACGGAGGGGCCCCAGGGUCAGGGCAAGAUCCAUACCGUUAUUGGUGCUGUCGUCGAUGUCAAGUUCCACCGCGAGCCUCUACCCCCGAUCCUCAACGCCCUCGAGACUUCCAAUGGAGGCAACAAGCUUGUGUUGGAAGUAGCCCAACACCUGGGCGAAAACAUUGUCCGAUGCAUCGCCAUGGACGGAACCGAGGGCCUCAUCCGAGGAACCCAGGUGACGGAUACCGGCGCUCCCAUUUCUAUUCCCGUCGGGCCCGCUACGCUGGGCCGGAUCAUGAACGUCACGGGUGAUCCCAUUGACGAGCGUGGUCCUAUCGAGGGGGUCAGGACCAUGCCUAUCCACGCAAAUCCUCCAGACUUUGUUGAACAGUCCACGGCGGCAGAAAUUCUUGUGACGGGCAUCAAGGUCGUGGAUUUGCUGGCCCCGUAUGCCCGUGGAGGCAAGAUCGGCCUCUUUGGGGGUGCUGGAGUGGGGAAGACGGUGUUCAUUCAGGAGUUGAUUAAUAAUAUUGCCAAAGCCCAUGGUGGUUUCUCUGUCUUCACUGGAGUCGGCGAGCGGACUCGAGAAGGCAAUGAUCUCUACCAUGAGAUGCAAGAAACCGGGGUCAUCAACCUAAAAGGGGAGUCCAAAGUCGCCCUGGUGUUCGGUCAGAUGAAUGAGCCUCCCGGUGCUCGUGCUCGCGUGGCACUGACAGGACUGACGGUUGCCGAGUACUUCCGCGACGAAGGACAGGACGUCCUCCUCUUCAUCGACAACAUUUUCCGCUUCACACAGGCAGGCUCCGAAGUCUCCGCCUUGCUGGGACGCAUUCCCUCUGCGGUGGGAUACCAACCUACCCUGGCAGUCGAUAUGGGCGCCCUCCAGGAACGCAUCACCACCACAACCAAGGGCUCCAUUACUUCUGUGCAGGCCGUGUACGUCCCCGCAGACGAUCUGACUGAUCCCGCCCCGGCCACGACCUUUGCGCAUCUCGACGCAACCACCGAGCUGUCCCGGAGCAUCUCGGAGCUGGGCAUCUAUCCCGCGGUUGACCCGUUGGGGUCCAAAUCCCGCCUCAUGGACCCGCGCAUUGUAGGCGAGGAACACUACAACACCGCGCUGGAGGUACAGAUGAUUCUCCAGGAGUACAAGUCGCUCCAGGAUAUUAUCGCCAUCCUGGGCAUGGAUGAGUUAUCCGAGACGGAUAAGCUGAAGGUUGAGCGGGCGCGAAAAAUCCAGCGCUUCCUCAGUCAGCCUUUUGCUGUGGCAGAGGUAUUUACGGGCAUGAAGGGAGAGUUGGUGCCAUUGGAGGAUACUAUUCGAUCUUUCCGGGCUAUUCUUGACGGGCAGGGUGAUAAUAUGCCUGAGAACGCUUUUUACAUGGUGGGCAACUUCGACUCCGCUAAAGCAAAGAGUGAGAAGAUUCUCAGGGAGCUGGAUCAGCGAGCCUAGUCAGAUUAUGCAGUUAGCUAGUGGCUUUCGCAGCUCUAGUUGGAUUGGGAGACUGUUUUUCUCUUUACA